CACGAUUUUGCUUCUCGAUUUCACGUACAUCUCCCCUUCACUUCUGACCCCAAUAUUGCUUUACGUUGAGAGUGGCACAUAUCCCUGUUGUUUGAUUGAAACGUAUAACCGCCAUCAUGUCAAUUCAGCACUAUGGCUGCGAGAUCUGUAGUCAUGCAGCGUCCACUCGCUGUCGUGGAUGUCUCUCGAGCCGUUAUUGCUCGGAAUCUUGCCAAAAGGCAGGCUGGACAAAGCACAAGCUUGUCUGCAAGACAUACAAGGACUUUUCUGACGAUAAACGGCCCGGGCCAGCUUUCCACAGAGGCAUCCUAUUUCCGGAAGACGAUAAACACCCGCGUUUCGUCUGGCUUGAGUUCGAGAGAAGAGACUUCCUUGACCGCGCGGUGGACAUGAUCAAGACGAACCUGAUAGGAAGUGAUGCUGUCGGAGCACAGUUCAAGUCUAUCGGUAUCACUGAUGCGCCUCGUGCUCCAACUCUUACCCGAUCGAGCCAACUCUAUAGUAUUGUGCUUGAAAGGCGGGACGCCAUAAGUAUUGAUGGUCGUCAAAUCAAUGUAUCGAUUAAUAAUCUCUUCGAAAAACGCCACAUCCAAAGGGACCGUUGCUCUGAGUGGAGAGGGCCAGUCGUUGCCUUUGGCAUGAGUGUCAACAAGAACGAUGAGAGCCUUUUCGAGGCGUGCGACCUUCACACCGUCGAUCUGCGUCUUGCAGGCAAUGCAGUCUUCAAAGGCGAAUUCCCCACGACGACUCUGGACUUGCAGCUUGAAACAUUGGUAUCGAGGUUUCUUGUCAAGAGCCGCAGCACUCAAGCCGAUACUGUCUUAGGGGUACGAAUAAACUGCGAAGGUGACGCCUCAUCCAACCGCCGAGAACCUUUGGAACUCGUCACCAUCCCAAGAGACCACAGUAUCUUCCAGGUAACUGUGUCUCCAGCCCUAUCAGAACAACUUGGCUUCCCACUUCUGAUGAAGGCGCUACCUUGCGAUUGGGAUCCGAAAAUGGCAGUACUUACAUCAUGCCCUUACAUGGAGGGUGAUAUGCCAGGGGCUUGCAACGACACGGUCUGCGAUCUAUACAUGCUGGUGGACCCGACAGCCCCGAAACACUGCGCGUCUGGAUCCUGCCUCCGCUCGAACAUUUUGAAGAGUGUCCAAACUUUCACUUCGAGCGGCGAGCUCAAGGGAACAGGAAGUGUACUCGUUGUUCGCCAGGACAGGAAAGAUCUCUCAGUGCAGCAUGUAGAAGCCAUGCAUGGGUUUGCGAACCUACGGCUUGCUCCCGCUCUUUUACCACAAAUCGACGCUUUAAAAGAAGGUCAGGCGGUGGACAAGGACGCAGUUUCUCAGGUGGUCACGAAGGAGAGGUUUCAGGAGUUCUUCGAACAGUGGGAUGAUGCUCAUCCUUGCUCCUGCCACCAAUUUGGGCACCCGUCGCCGUACGAGGUAGACGGGGCAGGAGAGGAAGACUAAGCUUAUCACAACUGCAUCGCGAAGUCGAGCCUCGACCGAUCGAGUUCUCACCAAAGACCAAAUCGGCAACCCACCAAUGUUGGCAGAAUCCUUUUCAAAGUCUCAGAAUCUAUCAAUCAACGGUCCUCACUAUACGCGCAAGUGGAAAAGCAUAUCACGUCUCACCAGAGUAACAUUUGCAACAUCUAGCUCGUACAUUCACCACCAUACAGUUCAG